UCUUUUAUCAAAAUGUGUAACUUGUGAUCCUACGCACACACACAUUGACACUACUACUAAAGAUGAAGAGGGGAACUUUGGCCUUUUUGGGUCGGAAGGAUCAGUCCCUCUUCGACACCGGCAUCAAAAUGAGGGAAAUGGAUAAUGUAGAGCUGGUGCUGAACUCGCCAACCUCUCCAGAGUCGGGUAUUGCCAGUGUGCGUGCCAGACCUACUGUCAAGCAUUACACUACAUCUGAGAGUUUUCAAGGGUUUGCUGUUCCAACACCCAGAGUCCCAGUCCUCCCCACUAUCAGGGGUCCAAAGGUCAAUGGUCCAGUCUAUGGAGAUCAAUUAUCCUAUGGAUUAGUGGAGGAAGACAUAUUGGUUCCUCCUCCUCCUUCCUCAGCCCCUCCCCCACCUCCAGAGACAUUUAUUCUCCCUCCACCUGACUUCUUGGGUUACCUAAGCAGUUUAGAGAUGGCUUCCCUUCAGUCCCCUCCUACACCUGCUCCAAAGCCUCCCCCCAAGGAAGAGAAAAAUCGUCGCAUCAUAAAACCCCCACCAAUGGCCCCACCAAAGCCUCUAUCUACAUCUUCCAGUAGCUCUGCGUCUUCCACUCCCCUUUCAAAACCGUCCCCAGCUAAAUUUCCCAAACAUCCAACUUUUCCCCCACCGCUUCCUCCUACCAAAGGACAGCAGAACACCUUAAAAACGCCUCCUCCGAAACCCAUUAGACUCUCAUCUAUGGCCAACAUCGACUCCCCACCACAGAUUCCUGCCCCGCCUCCUCCUGUGCGGACUCCCACACAGUCAACCUUCAAUCCCCAAAACGUGGCGAAGCUAAACCAUGUUUCCAACGCCUCAGUGCUCAGUGGCUAUGAGGAACAAGACACAAGACCCAAGCAGAUGUUACUCCUGGAAGAUACUGGGUCUGUUAAGCCAGUGCCAAUGUUGGUAGCAGUAAAUGGGAAUGUCCCCAGGGACACACCAACCAAGCCAAUUCGCAAAGAUCCCCUGCAUCACAAAGAGCAUUUACAAAGUACACAUCUCCCUCAGACACCUCUACAUGAAUCAGCCAAAGCCAUACCCAAAGAUGUUCUGUAUCACAAAGAGAAUAUACAAAGUAUUCUACCCUCUCGCUCACUCAUGCCUGAGGUGACCACAAGGACUAGUACAAAGACAGUGUCAGCACAGAAUGAAACUGUCAAGCCACUCAGGGUGCCAUACCAAAUACCAAGAAAGCUUCAGACAGGGAACAGAACGCUAUUAACUUCUGAGGAUAUAAAAGGCAAACUUGGUCCAAAACCAGCUGGGAAAUUCAGUCUGUUAUUAGAUAAUAAAUUACACAACCUAAAGAAUGGUGAAAGCUGUGCGGGUCAAGAGGCUCCUUCAGCUUCCCCACUUUCUCUUCUUAUGGCGGCUCAGGAAAGAGAGAGGUAUAAGGGCUUCCAAUCUCAUGAAAACGGGACCAUAAAGAAUGAUCAGCGCAGAGGAAGCAUUCCGAAGAAUAAUUCCAUUCCCAAACCUUUAUCUACUUUGCCAAGAUCCCUCUCAAGCUCUUCUCUCUCACAUCAGGAUAAACUCCAAGUAAGUCCAACGUCCGUCAGUCCUGUGCAGUAUUCGGAAUCAAAACUAGCAACUAUCGCACGGAUGAAUAAUGAGGCAUCAGCUUCAGCUUCAUCUACAGAUAUGAGCAACCGACGUGUGGAGAGGAAAGAUUCCAAUGUUAAAUAUGGAGGGGACAAGGGAUACGUAGGUAUGCAUUUAGUCCCUCCACCUCCAGAAUUCGAUGAUUUUGAUGAUAUUGAGUUGGCUCCCUCCAGUCGUCCUCCCGGCCCACCAUUAAAAAUGGCACCACGCCCAAAUAUAAACUCUCUUCCACCUGCUCACGGUCCACCUGAACCUAAACCCUCAAAACACCCCACUCCUAAUGUCGGUGUCCAAACUAACCCACAGUUCCAGACUAAUUCUAGGAUAGACCCUACACAGCGGCCAACAACGCUUUUGUCAAGCCAGGCCACACUUGUGAGCAUCCUACAAAAAAAGAUGCUGGAGAUGGACCACAAAAUUAUUACCACAAAGGAGGCAGACUAUGACGCUGAAGACUGGGGUGUCCCACUUUCUGAGGACAUCAAAGUACCUGUCAUCCCAAAGACCAUGCCGCAGGCCAACAGUAUUUCUACUGUGACCAACCCAACACCGAACCACCACAAGCAGGAGUUGGGAGGCAAAGCGGUGAAAAAAUAUCCAGACAUUAACAGCAAUGAACCACAGUCAGUCCAUAUCCAUCAGUAUGGGAUGACGUAUCGAGUUCGGCCUGGAACCAAACAACCCAUUACUCUCAUUAGAAAAGGACCAUCAUGAUUAAAUAGGAUUGGUAUUCCUCCAUUAUGUAUAUAAUCAAUUUCACAUCAUACGUAGUGCACAGAAGGAAUACUGUAUGUACCAGUGGAGAAAAGAACAAAUAAGAUACAGGUAUUUGCAGGGUUUGCCCACUAACUGGAAGGGUAAUUGGGUUCAAGCCACUGUUGGAAUCACAAUGCUGCUGUAAUAACUGGGCAUUUGUUACCAGAUGUGGUGAGAAGCAAAACAAACAAACACUGCGAAUGUGUAAUGCUUAACGCUAACAGAAGUCACACUUUUAAAUUAGUAGCAGUGAGCACAAUAAUAAAUUGUAACAUUAGCAUAGAUGUUGUUCCAAGCUAGUAUAGCUGUUCAAGGGUCACCAUGACAAUGAUGACACUAUCCUCAUUUUUACUAGCCAGUUUACCAUAAGCAGGAUUUUACAGCUGUUAUAGAUUUUAUAUUAGUAUUUGUUUGUCUACCAUGUUGGAGGUCGAGAUCAGUAGGAUAAGCUAGGCUUGAAAGGGAAAGACUAGUAGACCGACUCACAGUCGUUUGUUUGUUCAUUUUUUUCUGUAUCUGUAACCCUAAUCAAUUAAUAUUAGCUAUGUUAUAAAUGUUCCAAUCUCCUUAGAUGUGCUAAAAUGAGGGUUAAAAAGUUGAUAAAGUACAGAGAAACUUUGGAUGCAGUGGCAAAGACACCUCACAAUGAUAUAGACAAGCGGAAAUAAAACUGAGACUGUUUCAAGGCUCGAUAGCAGUUAGCAUGGUGGGAGUCAGCAGAAUCUAUAUUUCUGACAUGUAUAAACAUUUAAUAUAAUACCGCAGCAACAAUCGACCAAUAUCCAAUCUAAGAUAUAUUAUAAGUCUGUGCUUCCUAAGAGUACUGGGCUAAAUUGUAAAUAAUGAAAUUGGAGAUAGGUCUAUGCACUCUAUAUACAGUAUUUAACAUGCGUUUUCUAACUUUGAUAAGCGUUAAAGCUUACCUUCAACAAAGUGCUCGAAUGUAUGGAUUGGGUAUCUUGCCAGAUAGAGAUCAGCUCUGCUGAUUUGUGAAAGCUUUUCCUUGAAAAAUGGUCAGUCUUCUCAUCCUGAUUUAAAAUUGGUAAAUGGUGAAAUAAGACUUUUUCCCUCCUACCUGUAUUGUUGCAGCCAAGCACUGCACAGGAAUUAACAAUUUUUUGAUGUUUGCUAUAAAAUGUAUCUAUUCAAAGACCCCAAUAAGCACAGAAACAACAAUGCAUGACCUCCAACAUGGCGGCCGCGGGUGUGUCCGGAGGUGUGUGGCAUCAUGGGAAAACUGUCCAUUGCCAAGUAAAAUCACUAUUUAUUGUUGAUUGAAAGACCCUGUAAAGUGGCCAAAAAAGUCUCAUAAAUUUGACAAACCACACAGAAGUGUUGUUAACAAGCAUGCCAAAUUUUAAUGAAUAUAAAUAUCACCAAGUGUAUGAAAUAAGGCUUUAAAGUGGUGACCAUCCGUAAAUACGGUGCGGUGUGUGGUGUAACUGUAUGGAGAAGUGGUAGACCAUGUAUUCGUAAAUUUGUGGACCAGCACACCCUGGUACAUUUAAAAGACGGACGUCUGCGGCCGUGAUCACAGCUGACUUCAAUCCUGUCUAAUCAAAGCGGAUCUUCUCAUUUCUAUUUGAAUGUGGUUUGAGAGUUACGCACUGAUAGUCUUUGACAUGGCGUACGAAGAAACUGAUUUGCUCCAGUCCAGGAGGUCGAAGGGUGCAAAAUAUAUUUAUACAGAAUUGUAAGCAGACCUCCACGAGCAGAUGAUGUGAAGUUGGCUUGUGAGAAGAUCACAGAUCUGCGCCGUGAUAUGGGCACUUAUUUUAGGUAAUUAGAAACAAAUCAUAGAAAUGACUUUACAGGGUCUUUAAGAAUUGCUCAUUCUCCCAUGACCACGGUAAAAAUAUGUAUUUUUUUUAUAAUAAAAAAAAAAAAGAAAAAAAAAGACAGUACAGCUUUGUGUAUUUGUCACUAAGGCCGUUUUGAACCGAAAGCGUUUAAUCUUGUAAAACUGAUGGGUAUAAAUUAUUGUUCUCGGCACAGUUUAAGAUCUUGAAUGUAAAUUUUAAGUGUAAAGUAAAUAUAAGCACAUGCCAUAUAGCUGUAAUCUUCAUUCACUGGUAAACUAUGUAAUGUGGGGUCUUUACAAAGAUUGCAAUUUGCAGAAGUUUGAUUUUGAUUGUCAUUUUAAUCAAUGGAUAUUAUUUUACUGUAAAAAUAUGCUAGUUGAUAUACAGCAAUAUAUUUGUGUAUAUAUAUUUAUAUGAUAGGCUCUAUGAUUGAAAUACUCAUCGCCAAAGCAAAAUGUAUUCAACGAUCUCAACCUGGUAAAUAAAAUUGAUCAGAAGCGUUCAA